AUGAUCAAAGACAUCAAGGAGAUGGUCCCUCUUAUGGGGACCAAGAAGCCAAAUCCUCAGGAGACUCCGCCGGCAGCCGGCCACGACAAGAGGGCAGCAGAAGAUGCCCCCACCAAGAAGAGUUCCCAUUUUUUUCUGGAGAUCGAAGCUUUCGAGAGCAACGUAUCGCCAAGCCGGACGUCUCCUCCCAUCUUCUCCAAGCCAAUGGACUCCAACAUCCGCCCGUGUGCUUCCGCCAACUGUGAGGAUAUGGAUUCCCCCCAGUCAAUCCAGGAUGACAUGACGGAAUACACCCCAAAUGCUGAGAGUUGUUGCACCAACUCAACCCAAAAUUGUCAGCCGAAUUCUCGUCGUAAGAAGCUGAAAAAAUAUCUCUUCCGGGCGGUUUCGGAAGGGAAUCUGGACGACUUACAGAGCGUUCUGGCGGAAAUGAAGGACCGGUCACACCGGUGCCAAAAUCUGACCGUCAAAGAAUAUCUGAUGAAUAAAAUGACCUCUUCAGACACCGGGAAGACCUGCCUAAUGAAAGCUCUGCUGAACAUCAACCAGAACACCAAGGAAAUUGUGAAGAUGCUGCUGUCGUUUGCAGAAGAAAACCAAAUCCUCGAAAAACUCAUUAACGCGUCCUACACGGAGGAAGCCUAUAGAGGACAAACAGCUCUAAACAUUGCCAUCGAGAGACGCCAGUACGACAUCACUCAGACCCUGAUCGAGAAAGGCGCGGACGUCAACGCCCAUGCCCAGGGCGUGUUCUUUAAUCCCAAACGCAAACAUGAAGGGUUUUAUUUUGGCGAGACUCCCCUGGCGUUAGCCGCCUGCACCAACCAGCCAGACAUCGUCCAGCUCUUGAUGGAGAACAGCAAGACGGACAUCAUGUCUCAGGAUGCCCGCGGGAACAAUAUCCUCCACGCCUUGGUGACCGUGGCGGAAGACUUUAAGACCCAAAACGACUUUGUCCGGCGGAUGUACGACACCAUCCUCUUGAAAAGCAGAAGCCGGGAUUUGGAGACAAUGAAGAAUAAAGACGGUUUAACGCCUCUACAGCUGGCAGCCAAAACAGGGAAGUUAGAGAUUCUGAAGUACAUUCUCAGCAGAGAGAUCAAGGAAAAACCCAUCCGUAGCCUUUCCAGGAAGUUCACCGACUGGGCUUAUGGCCCCGUCCAGUCCUCUCUUUAUGACCUCACAGAAUUGGACACCACUUCAGAAAACUCAUUACUGGAUAUCAUUGUCUAUAAUACAAAUAUUGGGAAUCGUCACGAAAUGCUGGCUCUGGAACCGCUUCAUUCCUUACUCCGGAUGAAGUGGAAAAGAUUCGCCCGGCACGUCUUCUUCCUCUCCUGCUGCCUGUACUUCAUCUACAACCUCAUCUUGACGUUGAUCUCUUACUACAGGCCUCACACGAAGCAGCCUCCCCCAUACCCUCUGGCGCUGAUCGGAGAACUGAAUUGGCUGCAGUUGGCGGGACAAGCCAUGGUUAUUUUGGGAGCCGUGUUUAUUGCUAUUAAAGAGAGUGUAGCCAUAUUCUUGCUACGGCCUUCCGAUCUGCAAACGAUCCUCUCGGACGCCUGGUUCCAUUUUGCCUUUUUCAUUCAAGCGGUGCUGGUGAUCGUCUCGGUCUUCCUCUACGUUUUCUCCUACAAAGGGCACCUGCCUUGUCUCGUCCUGGCCAUGUCCUUAGGCUGGGCCAACAUGCUGUAUUUCACUCGGGGGUUGCAAUCCAUGGGCAUCUACAGUGUCAUGAUUCAACAGGUCAUUUUGCACGAUGUGAUCAAGUUUAUCGCCGUCUAUCUGGUGUUUUUGUUCGGAUUCGGCGUAGCUCUUGCGGCCUUGGUGGACUCUUGCCCUGAAGACAGCAAAUGCAAUGAGUACAGCGUCUUGGGAAGCAUCGAGGUCGACUUAUUCAUGCUGACCUUGGGCCUCGGCGAGCUGGACGUCCCGAAAAACGCCAAGUACCCCAUCCUGUUCCUCCUCCUCCUCAUCUCCUUCGUGAUCCUGACCUUCGUCUUGCUCCUCAACAUGCUCAUCGCCUUGAUGGGAGAAACGGUGGAAGACAUCUCCAAAGAGAGCGAGCACAUCUGGAGGCUGCAGAGAGCCAGGACGAUUGUGGAGAUCGAAAAACUCCUGCCCAAGUUCCUGAGGAGGAAAUUUGAACUCGGGGAAUGGUGCAAAGUGGCCGACAACGACACCCGGUUGUGUUUAAGAAUCAACGAAGUCAAAUGGACGGAGUGGAAAACCCACGUGGCCUUUAUCAAUGAGGAUCCAGGAACAACAGAGUGCAGCAGAAUGCAAGACACCUCCAGGAAUAACAGCAAAACCACUCUGAACGCCUAUGAAGAAAUUUACGAUUUGCCAGAAACUACGGUUUAA